CUCUCUCAACCAUAUCCCCUUCAUCAUCCAUCUCCUGUUUGAGAAUUAUAGACAAAUAACAAAGUGAAGUGGGGUUUCUUUUUCAAUAACUCCAAUUAGAGGGAAGACAAUAUUACUCCCUAAAGAUUGGCAAGGAUGGGUAGAGGUAAAAUAGAGCUGAAGAGGAUUGAAAACAACACAAGCAGGCAAGUCACCUUCUCCAAGCGAAGAUCUGGGCUGCUCAAGAAAACCCAAGAACUUUCAGUGCUUUGUGAUGCUCAGAUCGGCCUCAUCAUCUUUUCAAACAAAGGAAAGCUGUUUGAGUACUGCUCUAACCCCCUGAGUAUGGACCAAAUCAUAGAAAGGUACUUGAAGACUAAAGGAACAUCCAUUCCAGACCACGAAGACCUUGCAAAAUCACACAAUGAAAGGGUUUUUGGUGAGCUGAAAAGGAUGAAAAGUGAGACCCUUAAUCUUCAGUUAAGCCUCCAGCGCUACAAAGGUGAUGACUUGAGUUCUGCUCACUAUGAUGAGCUCAAUCAACUCGAGCAGCAGCUUGAACUCUCCGUGACCAAAGUCCGAGCAAGAAAGUUUGAACUCUUAGAUCAGCAACUGGAGAAUCUGAAGCGAACGGAAAAGCUUCUGGAGAAAGAAAACCAAGAAAUGUGCACUUGGUUGAUGAGUAAUUACUAUCAGAAGCAACGUGUGGAACUAGAGCAUAGCCAUCAACAGGCAAUGACUGAAUUGAAGCUAGUAGGACAGCAUGCUAUACUGGAUCAAUUCCCAUUUUCUGGAGAAGAGCAGCCAAGUGAAGUGCUUCAACUUGCUAACCUACCUCUAAACAUUCACCAAUAUCGCCUCCAGCCUAUUCAGCCUAAUCUCCAGGAUUAUGGUCAACCAGGCUGCAGCUAUGGAAACUAGCUAUGGCUUCCUCAACUCCUCUGUCGAAGCUCCCAAAGAAGUGGAAAGUUGUGGAUAAAUCAGUAGUAGUUCUGAGUUUGUGUUUUAUACUAGAGCAAAUGUGCAUUUUACUUGCUCAUGGAUGUCCUGGAUUCCUAGUGUGUUUGAGGUAUAUAAUAUAUCAAUUAGACUUGAUUCACAGGUUAUGCACAAAUUAUAGGGUGCUUAUAAUUACCAAGACAUUAUGAUGUGCUGCUUUUACU